CAACAGGUAGUAAGCCAGGUGUGUGUGGCGAGUGAGGCAGGACGGCGCGCGUCUUCUUACUGAAGAACCCAUGGCCUAAGUUUUCAGCUGCCAGCGUCCAAUUAGAAAAGUUACGCAAGGUCCGGAACUCCCCCCGUCAAGGCCGCAAGUGGCCUUUACACAGAAGGGUAGUGGAACAGAAUAAGGGUAACUCUAAAGCGUCACCCUUCUACAAUGGAAGAGACUCCCACCAAGAAGACCGCGGCAGAGACAGCAGCCAUGGAUCCCGCCCACACAGUGUCAACUUUCGAAGAUCUACUAGAGCUGGCGGGGACCCGCGGCCGGUGGAACAUCUUAAUGUUCUGCAUGUGCUCAAUAUCAUCAUUCACCGCAGCGCUGCCAGCAUUAUCUUAUCAGUUCUUGGGUGCGACACCUGACCACUGGUGCAGCGUGCAGCCCUUGCUUGAGGCUAACUGGACGCAGCAACAAAUAUUAAGCUUCGCCAUACCCUUCAGUAACUCAACGGGGAAGUAUGAGAGCUGCUCUAUGUAUGACUUGAACUACGCAGCGGCGGCGGAGGCAGGCUAUGAUGAUGCCAUGGCCGACAGGUGGUCCUUAGUUGGAGAUUCCAACGACACCAUCAAGUGCCAGUCGAGAGACUUCAACCUUACUCAGUACAAGUCCACCGUCGUCACGGAGUGGGACCUGGUGUGUGAACGGCGCGUCCUCUACUCCAGCACGCAGUCUGUCGUCAUGGGCGGAAAACUGCUUGGCUACAUCGUGUUUGGUUACCUCAUUGAUCAAUUGGGCCGUCGACCGCUGGUGCUGUUUUGCACUGCCCUCAAUAUCUUAUCAUCCUUCCUCAUUGCUGCGUCCCCCAACGUUGAAACCUAUAUAUUCUUUAAGUUCGUUAUAACAAUGAUGGAUGCCGGCCAGUAUCUUGGUCUGUUCGUCUUCACAAUGGAAACCUGCGCUACGAAAUAUCGCGCUGCUGCGGGCACCUUAUUCGUGAUUCCCUGGGCCUUGGGUUACAUGGCAGUGCCGGGGAUAGCUUACGUGGCUCGCACAUGGAAAGUGUUGCAGUUAGCUUACGCCAUCCCUACGCUUCUUGCUAUCUCAUUCUUUGUGUGGUUGCCAGAAUCUCCACGAUGGCUCAUUAUCAGAGGCCGCCACGAGGAGGCGCUGAAAAUUAUGACGCAGGUGGCCAAGGUGAACAAGAAAACACUGCCGUCAGAUGACCAAGUCCUGUUUGUUAUGAAAAACAUCGCACAAAAACCUGAGGCAGAGGACACAGACAAGGAUAAGGGAAUGCUGGCCCGCGUGAAACUGACCCUCAGGCAACUCCUUAUCCUGUUUAUCCUUCCUGAGUUCACGGUCAGAUCCUUGGUCGUGAUCUUCUGCUGGUGCGGAGCCUCAAUGGUUUAUUAUGGACUGGCCCUCAACGCAGACAAUAUCAACACUGACCCAUACCUGUACGUGUUCCUCGGGGGAGUCCUGGAGGUGCCAUCAUACUUGCUGCUGUGGCUGGCUCUCAUCUACAUCGGCAGAAAGAAAGCUCUCUCUUCACUGUUCUUGAUUUGUGGAAUCUUCAUCUUCGUGUUGAUGACCCUGAUUAUCGUGAAGCUUCCAGGAAGUGAAUGGGCUGUGGUGACCUUCUCCCAGGGUGGCAAGGUGGCCAUCACAGCUGGUUUCCAGUUAGCAUGGAUGUUCACUGCAGAACUGUACCCGACUUGUUACCGCUCCUAUGCAGUGGGAAUGGGCAGCGUGUUCGCCAGGGUAGGAGCAAUGGCUUCUCCAUACAUCAAUGAUAUCCUGGGAUUGAAAGCGGCAUGGGGACCUUCCGCUCUAUUUGGGUCAGUGUCUGUACUGGCUGCCAUCGUCACACUGCUGCUGUCUGAGACUGGAGAUUCUAACCUCUCUGAGCCCACAAACUCUUUAGCCACCAAAGGAAAGAAAGAUGUCUCACAAAACAACAGUGUCACAAAAGCACAUGAAAAUUUAUCGUAUGUUGCAGAAGACUGAUGUAAUAAUGUCUCACAUUUAAGAAGCACUAAAACACAUCAUAUGCGGUGUAUCAUCACAAUAUCUAUAUCACUAUACAAUAUAUGUAAGUUGCCCUUAAGCAACACAAAAUCAUAGACGAGUAUGUUUUUUUUUUUUUUUUUUUUUUUUUUUGAAGAUUAGAAUAGUAGAUGUAAUAGUCCUAUCUUUUGUUUGUUUUUUUACGUCGAAGCCUAUAGCGCCUGUAGGCUCGCUUGAAGAGUGUGUAGGAAGCGCUGUUCAGCUUUUACCCAUUCGUGGUGCAGGCAAUUUUAUUUAUAGUGGUACUCAU